AUGACUAGUGAGAUGAUUACAAAGAAAGAAGAUCUGAGAGAAUUCACCAUCCCAUGCACCAUUGGUAUGAUUCAGUUUGCUAAAGCUCUAUGUGAUUGGGGUGCAAGUAUAAAUCUAAUGCCCUAUGCAAUCUAUAAACAACUUGGGUUGGGCGAACCAAAAUCCACAACUAUGAAGAUGCUUAUGGCAGAUCGGUCGAUCAAGCACCCCAUUGGGAUACUCUAUGAUAUAUUGCAAGCACUAGUGGAUGUUGAAAGUGGAGAAUUGAAGUUUCGGGUGAAUGAAGAUGAGGUCACCUUUAAUGUGCAGAAGUUAAUGAAACAUCCGAGUGACAUUCAUGUGGUUUCGAUGAUUGAUGUAAUCGAUAAAGCGGUGGCUAGUGUGUGCCAUCUAAUGUGCAUGAGUGAGCUUCUUGAGGUUGUUCUUACAAAUUAUGAUGAGACUGAAGUUCAAGGUUAUGAUGAAGUGGUAGCUGUCUAUCAGGAUUAG